AUGAGUUUGAAAGUCUAUUAAGCACCACCAUCUUAAAUUAUCAAUUCCUAUUUGGUUACACUUAUUGAUGGUACUGGAUCUAUGAGUGGAGAAUAUGAAUAAGCUGUCAAAGCCUAUUAAAAUGUCUUUUCUUAUCUUGGAGAUUAGAAAUUAGAAUAUUAAUUCCAAUCUGAACUUUUUCCAAUCCUACCAUAUGUUGGAGUUAAUGGAAGAGGAGGAAAUAUCACAAAUACUUUCAAAGAUUUAUUUACAAUACUCCUAAGUAAAAAAAAUUCUAUCCCUAAAAAUAUUACAAUCUUAUUUAUAAGUGAUGGCAGAGAAACUUUUGAUAUUAAAGUACUACUUCCAUAAAUUGAAUAAAUGAAAAAUUAAUUUAUGAUCUAAUUCAUUAGUUUUGCAGUAGGAGAUAAAUUUCCUAAUGAAAUUAGUAACAUUUUAAGAAAUAAAAUUCACAAUCAUGAUCCUAACUUAUAAUCACUUUUUUAAGUUAGGAGAAAAAUAUCAAAAUCAAAAGAAACUAUUUAUGAAGAUUUUUUUAAAUGUUUUUUAUAAAUCAAACCAUAAAUUUCAGUUCAAGAUGGAAUAAUUAUAAUUAAUAAGUAAGUCUAGUAAACACUUGUAUCACCAUUGACAAAUUAAGUAAUUGCUGGUAGUCACUUUUGUGCAACAACAAAUGAAGAAAUUGUUGCAGGAAAUAUUAAAUUAUAACCUAAAACAACAGACAAAGAUAUUAAUUAAUUUAUUAUUGGCUCUUUAUCUUAAGCUAUUAAUGAUUAAAUUGCAAACAAAAAAAGAGACACUAAAGCAUUCAAAUGUAUCUCUGAUGCUGCCCCAUAACUUUUAAAAUAAAUCACUUCAAUUUAAUCUACUCCUGAAGAACAACAUAAAAGUCAAGAAGUAUAUUAACUACUAGAUGAAUUACUUUCCUAAAAUCUAGAAUUGUAAGCCAUGAGUGAAAAUUAAAUCACAUAAUUAUAAAGAGGUUUAUUUGAUAAACAAGUUUCUCUUAAUUAAAUUAUUAAUGUUAAUUCACAUGAUAUUAAAAAGAAAGUUGUUACACCUGAAAUUUUAAAUGAGAGACUAUCAGAAUAAUAUUAAAAAUUAAUUGAUCCAUCAAGUUUCCAAGAACCAAUUAAUUAAAAAAAUUAAAAUUUAACUCUACUUGAGUCAACUGAAUUAAUUAUUAUUGAAACUCUUAACAAUCACAUUUCUUAUAUUGAAAAGAAUCUAAAUUCUGAUCAUACUUAAUUUUUAACAGAUUUUCUUACUUCCACUUAACAAUCAUUAAUAAAAGUAUUUUCUGCUUCAGAUUUUAAAGUUGAAUAAGAUGAGUAAAUUGUAUCCUUUAAAUAGAUGAACUCUCUAUUUUAAUUAAUAGAUUAAACUAUUAAGAAAUUAAUAAGUAUUUCAAAUUUUCUUAUUCUUGUUAAAAAAUAUUAAUAGAAAACUUAAGUUAUUAUGAAUGCAGAUGCUUCAAAUGCAUUAUUUUCAUCAAAUGAUGAUUAUAAAUAUUUACCAAAAGAACUAUAAAUUUUAUUAAAGGAAGGAUUGGAAUGUGAAGAGGCUGAAAAAUGUAUAAUUCUUAUAGUUGAUACAAAUGAUUCAAUGAAAAAUGAAUCUUAAAUUGCUAUUGAUAUAUUUUAGACAUAAUUUUAAAAUAUUCCUGAACUAAAAAAAGUAAUAUUAGUUUGGUCAAAUGAUAAAUUUUAAUAAAUACAAUAAUAAUAAUAAGAAUAAUAAUAAGAAUAAUAAUAAUAAUAAUAAUAAAAAUUUGAUAGCUUAUUAGAAUAAUUUAAAUAACUUGAUAAAAAAUAUGAUUUAUGUAAUAAAAGAAAUAGAAUUUGUUUAGUUACUGAUGGGUAAACUGAUUAUUAAAAAUUACAUAAAUCAUUUAAAGUUUUAAAGUUUCAUUAUUCAUUUUAAAUAAUUUAUUUAACUGUUGGAUCAUAAAUAAAUUCAAAAAUUGGAAAUGAAUUAAAAUCCAAAUAUCAAGACAGAAAUAUUAAAGGAUGUCCCUUAUUAUUUAAUGUACCUAGAUCCAUAAUUUAAUCAACAUCAAAUACAUCUUAAAGAAUUAAAGAUGUAUUUAAUAAAUGUUUUGAAGAUAUUUACAAACAUUUUAUAAAAUGA